AUGAAACGAUCCAUUCUGAUCGAGAACGACCAGGGCGGAUACACGGUGCCGACAAAGGGGCUUUAUCCCUACCAGUGGAACUGGGAUUCGGUCUUUGUUGCGCUGGGCUUUGCAACCUUCGAUCAGGACCGGGCCUGGCGGGAGAUCGAGAUGCUGUUCGAAGGACAGUGGCACGACGGCAUGGUGCCCCACAUCCUGUUCAGAAAAGACGACCCGAGCUAUUUUCCGGGCCCUUCGGUCUGGGGAACGAGUGGUGGACAGAUCCCGAGCUCCGGUCAUUCGCAGCCGCCUGUCGCGGCAACUGUCAUACGGGACCUCGUCGAAGCCGACACAUCCGGCAAAUCGGAAAACCGUGCCGCAGCCCUCUUCCCGAACCUCAUGGCGUGGCACCGAUGGUUCCUUGCCUACAGGGAUCCGGAAGGCGAAGGCCUGCUUGCCGUCAUCCAUCCCUGGGAGUCGGGGAGGGACAACCUGCCGGACUGGGACGACGCGCUUCGGGCAGUAGAAGUCAAGGACAUCGGACCCUACGAACGCAAGGAUACAUCUCAUGUCGAUCCGGCCAUGAGGCCCCACAAGGAAGACUAUGACCGUUAUCUGAGCAUCAUGGCUGCUUGCCGUAAGGUCGGCUGGGACCCGGCGGAAGUCGCCAGAACCUGUCCGUUCUUCGUGGCCGAUCCCGGUGUGACCUUUAUUUUCCUCCGUGCCUGCCGCGACCUGCUCGUGCUGGCCGAACGGCUCGGCAAGGAUACUGAUGCAGACGAGAUCCGUGGCUGGAUCACGCGCCUGGAAAGAGGUCUUGCCGAUCAGCAAACGCUUACGGCGCUGUGCGGUCAUUUCGACAGGAUCUCGGACAAGGUCCGCUACCUCAUGCCCUCCUAUGAUCCAGAUCACGAGAGCUACGAGCCGCUCAGGCGCCGGAGGCGGCACUUUCUCCUGGACGGCAGCCAUAUGGUUGACCUGGGCAUCGCCGACACGUGUGAAACAAGCAGCUUAGGAAGCCGGAGGACUCAAGAGAUGGGCGCGAUACAGCUCAACAAGGUCGAGAAAUGGUUCGGCGAACUACAGGUCAUCAAGGGCAUUGACCUUGAUAUCCAGGAGGGUGAAUUCGUCAUAUUCGUCGGACCGUCCGGCUGCGGGAAAUCGACGUUGCUUCGUCUGAUUUCCGGCCUGGAGGAAACGAGCCGUGGCACGAUCGAGAUCGACAGCAAAGAUGUCACGGCGCUGCCACCGUCAGGGCGUGGACUGUCGAUGGUCUUUCAGUCCUAUGCACUUUACCCGCACAUGUCCGUUCGCGAGAAUGUUGGCUUCGGCCUGAAAACGGCCGGAAUUCCGAAAGCCGAGAUCGACAGCAAGGUCAACGCGGCAGCAGAAGUUCUCAAGCUCGAUGACUAUCUUGACCGGCGUCCAAAAGCGCUUUCGGGCGGACAGCGGCAGCGCGUGGCCAUCGGACGCGCGAUCGUGCGCGAACCGAGUGCGUUUCUGUUCGAUGAACCCCUGUCGAACCUUGACGCGGCGUUGCGCGUGGAAAUGCGCUUCGAAAUUGCGCGUCUGCACAAGAGUCUCGGCACGACGAUGAUCUACGUCACCCAUGACCAGGUCGAGGCGAUGACGCUGGCCGACAAGAUCGUGGUGCUGCAGGCCGGACGGAUCGAGCAGGUCGGUUCGCCGCGCGAGCUUUAUGAACGGCCAGACAAUCUGUUCGUCGCGCAAUUUAUCGGGUCACCGAAAAUGAACGUGCUGCCUUGUUCGGUCGAAGGAGAUCAGUUUUCAUUGCAGGGUCACGGUGGAGGCCACUACCCGCAUGCGGGACUUCCGCAGCGGCCUGUCCGGCUGGGCGUUCGCCCGGAGCACAUGUCCAUUGUCGGAGACGGCGAAGGGCAUUGCAGCGGAACGGUGGAAGUUGCCGAAUAUCUCGGCGCGGACACCUUUCUCUAUGUCGCACUUGAUGGUCUGGAGACCAUUCUCGUGCGCAUCAGCGGCGCCGACACGAUCGAGGAAGGCGCGCGGAUCGGGCUCGUGUUCGAUGAAACGCGCAUGCAUUUCUUCGAUGCCGAAGAUCGCGCCAUUCGGUAA